UCAAUUUGCGAGAAAGAAACGAAGAAGAAAUGAAAAAAAAUGAACGUACAACAGAAUGUUCUUUAUUUCCUUCAAUAAUUAGACCACGUAGUUUAUCAUUAGGUGAAAAUUUAUUGCUCGAUGAUGAGCAUAGAAAAAUUCAACAACGAAUGCGUUGUCAUCGUAUGUCAAGGAAAUUGAAACAUCAUCCUUCAACAGCAUCCGUCGAAAGGAAAGUUUCAUCUUUUAGACAACAAAUAUGGAUGGGAAUACCAAUUCGUAAUACGGAAAAUGGCAUGACUGUUAUCAAUAAUGAUUUCGGAAGAGUACCAUUGAGUUGGGGAAUAUCUAGCCUAGCUUUAACGAGUUGUAAUUCCAAAAGUGAAAUAUUCCUCAGGUUAAAAUGAUAUGAACUUGGUUUUUCUUUUUUAUUUUGUUGGUUUAAUUAUUUGUAUC